UGGGGAGAACUGAGCAUCGCAGCGGCAGCGGGCGGGGGUCUGGUCGGCCUCCUGUGCUACCAGCUGUAUGGGGACCCCAGAGGCGACUCUGCGCGGGUGCUGGCGCCCGGGCGCCUUUCCGAGAGCGCGGCCACAGAGCUCGAGGACCUGCCCCGAGGCCGGGGACUGCUUCCCAUCCCGGUGGCUGCUGCCAAGGAGACGGUUGCUGUUGGCAGAACAGAUAUUGAAGACUUAGACCUCUACGCUACAUCUAGGGAAAGGCGAUUUCGUUUGUUUGCAUCUAUAGAAUGUGAAGGGCAGUUAUUCAUGACUCCAUAUGAUUUUAUUUUGGCUGUUACGACAGAUGAGCCCAAAUUUGCUAAAACAUGGAAGUCGCUAUCCAAACAGGAAUUAAAUCAAAUGCUUUCAGAAACACCACCAGUUUGGAAGGGAUCAUCAAAGCUAUUUCGAAAUCUUAAAGAAAGAGGUGUGAUUUCUUACACAGAAUAUCUUUUUCUUUUAUGUAUUUUAACAAAGCCACAUGCAGGUUUUAGAAUAGCUUUCAACAUGUUUGACACUGAUGGCAAUGAGAUGGUGGAUAAAAAGGAGUUUUUGGUGCUUCAAGAGAUAUUCAGGAAAAAAAAUGAAAAGAGAGAAACUAAAGGAGAUGAAGAAAAGCGUGCAAUGCUGCGUCUUCAACUUUAUGGAUACCAUUCUCCUACUAAUAGUGUACUGAAAACAGAUACUGAGGAACUUGUCUCCAGAAGCUAUUGGGAUACACUGAGACGUAACACAAGCCAAGCAUUGUUUUCAGAUCUCGCAGAGCGUGCUGAUGACAUCACAAGUUUAGUAGCAGAUACUACACUUCUUGUACACUUUUUUGGAAAGAAAGGAAAAGCUGAGCUGAACUUUGAAGAUUUUUAUAGAUUCAUGGAUAACCUUCAAACAGAAGUUCUAGAAAUAGAAUUCCUUUCCUACUCUAAUGGAAUGAAUACCAUCAGUGAAGAAGAUUUUGCUCAUAUUCUUCUACGAUAUACAAAUGUGGAAAAUACAUCAGUAUUUUUGGAAAAUGUGCGUUACAGUAUACCUGAAGAAAAGGGCAUCACAUUUGAUGAAUUCAGAUCAUUUUUCCAGUUUCUGAAUAACUUAGAAGACUUUGCAAUAGCCCUUAAUAUGUAUAACUUUGCAAGUCGCUCUAUAGGACAAGAUGAAUUUAAACGUGCUGUGUACGUAGCUACUGGACUCAAACUUUCACCACAUUUAGUGAAUACUGUCUUCAAGAUUUUUGAUGUUGACAAAGAUGAUCAAUUAAGUUAUAAAGAAUUUAUUGGGAUUAUGAAGGACAGACUCCAUAGAGGAUUCCGGGGCUAUAAAACAGUACAGAAGUAUUCCACUUUCAAAUCCUGCCUAAAAAAAGAACUUCAUAGUAGAUAAAUAUUCCUAAAGCAAAUAUUAAUGGAUUACUGUUUAUAUGACAAAUGCAAGAAACAAAAUUUCUGAGAGUGGAAACAAGGCUGAAAUCAGAACAUGAAGAAAAGGAAAGGUGAAAUGCUAUGGAAUUUAUAUAUUUUUCUUGAACUGAAUUCUUAAACAUAAAAGAGAUGAAAUGCAUCUUCUUCCUACAGAUGUUAUAUAUAAUCAAGUUGACCUUUUGCCUUGAUUUAUUGAACUCUGCACUUUUUCAUUCCCUUCAGAAGUAUAUGCAUACUUCCACUGAUGAUAUAAUAAUAUAUUUAAAAUAUUUUUAUUUAUUAGGAAUUUUCCUUAUUUUAAAAUAAUUUAUGACUCAUAGAACACAGAUCAUAUAAAAAUGGUCAACAUAUUUGUUUUUGGUUUUGGACUGUGAAGUUAUUUUCAGAAAAUGAGUAUUGCUUCAGAAUUAUCUUAGAGCCCUUAGAAUUAAUUGUUUUUAAAUCCUUUUUAUUUAUCAGGUUUUUUAAUUAUAUUGAAAUUAUUUUGGAAAACAAGUAGAAAUUAAGCUGACAAAUAGUAUGAUGGUUUACAUUGUACUUUUAAAUUUUAAAAGUACUUAAGUAACAUAUAUUGUUUGACUUGUGUUUGACUUUUUGUUGUUCACUUACCAAAGCCAACAGAAUGUCUGAUAUUCUUCUAUGUAUAUAGUAAAGAAAUUUUAACUAUAAAUUUUUUUUCUCAAAACAAUAAUGAAAUAAAGGCAUACAUUGAUGGUUAGAAGCAGGGACACUUGUGAUAGUAGUCGCUAUCAUUAUUGUUUGAAAGUUGAUGCUGAUUCUUAUUGCAGGUAGCAUAUGUUAAAACACGAGUAAAAUAACAUCUUACAGCUCUGUGACUUAUUGCAUAUUCUUAAUUAUGUCCAGCAUCAAAAUGGGUAUUAUAAAAAGCUAGCAAAAUUAGAAGACUGAUGUAUAUUUAAAUAGAAGCUAAUAUUAUUUCUUGUGAAAGGACCACAUACAAAAGUGAUGCCAGUAAUACUCUAAAUAUAAUUCAUUAUUCAAAAUAAUAUGUCUUAAAAGGGAAAACAAAAACUUUCUACUGAAAAAUCACAAAUUAGGUUUUAACAUAGAGAAAUAAUUUGAUAGUACUAAAUAGAAAUCUUUAAUUAGAAACAUUUAGUUUUUACAAGGAUACUAUACAAAAGUCGUACAAUGAAUUUAAGCUAAUAUAUUUAUAUGUUGCAUGUGGAAGAUAUGUUCAUUUAUCUUCCUAAGAUAAUUAAUUGUUAUAUACACUCCAACUAUUACCCUGCUUUUACAUAUGAAAAUAGAAGACACUGACUUUUUUACAAGUUAUAAAAUGUGAAAUUGAUCUGCAUUAGCUUAUUUAUAAAAGUAAUGUUAUUUCCAAGAAAGUGUUACUGUUGGAAUUGAUUUUGUGUUUGUUAGACUUUUUACAUUCUUUAUCUUAUAUUAUUUAUUAUGCCAAUAUAGAAAAAUAGAUGCUUAAUUUUAAGAACCCCAUAUGUAACCUGCUUUCAAGGUUAUCUAUCUACUGUACUUUGCAUUGAUUAUUCAUAGUAUUAUCUGUUAUCUAACGUAAUGGAAAAACGUGAUGUAACUUUUGGCUCUAAGUUAUAUUAUCUUGUAUACAUGGGAAAUAUUAUAAAAUCAAAUUAGCCCAUUUAAUAUCCUUUGUUAGCCUUCAUUCUCCCAAUGAAGAACACUGUACUAUAUACACAUAGUUAUUAUUUAUUGUUUGUCAGAGUGAAUGGAUGAGUAUCUGCUUACAAGUCUGCAACAAAAUAUUAAAAUGGGAAUAAAUAAAACAUCCUAAUCAAUUUAAAUGGAAAGAGCAUAGUAAAUUACAGUGAUUUACUUGAACUUUAUUAUCUGUAAUAUAGGAGGUAAAAAUAUCUCACUGGAUUUUUGUUUACACCAAUUUAAAUAUUUUUAAAUGCUUUGAAAAUAAUGUACUUGUAUGUUGUUAUUUUCAGUAUUCUGUAAACUUUUCUUUGAAAAGAUUAAGCUAUACAUAAAAUUGUACUAUGACUACUUUUUACAGAAAGCUUAUGUGACAAAUGAUUUAAUGUACUUCUCAGAAUCAUUUCAUAAUAAGAAAUUCAUUUAACUUAAAUUCCAAUUAAUUGUCCUUAUUAUAAAUUACAAUGGAAAAGCAACCUGUCUUACAUUCUUGUAUUAUCUUAAAAUAAAUAUACCUGUCCUUGAAUCAAGAAA